CCUCAUUUAGUCAAAAUUGCUGGAGGUUGUGAAAUCUGCGCGUUGUUUGUAUAAAGGCAAGUGAAAAGACGGUGCAGUCGCGGAGUCGCUAAACGAGCUGGCCGUUUGUUUGAGAAGGCUGUGAUUGAGGAUCCCGGAUGGAGUUGACGUUUUUGGGUACAGGAUCGUGUUAUCCUACACCGACUAGAGGAGUCUCGUGUAUUGCUCUGAAGCAUGAGGCGCAAUGCUGGCUGUUUGACUGUGGGGAGGGUAGUCAAAUACAACUGAUGAAGAGCAACGUAAAACCAGGAAGGAUAAGAAAAAUUUUUAUCACUCAUCUCCACGGCGAUCAUCUGUUUGGAUUACCAGGCUUGUUGUGCACUAUCAGUCAGAAUUCGUCUGCAGACCGAGAGCCGGUUGAAUUGUAUGGACCUGUUGGACUGAGACGAUUUAUUCGAGUUGCACUCGAGCUUUCUCGAUCUCUUCUGGGAUUCAACUACAUUGUCCACGAACUUGUUCCACUAGAUGAUGCUAUUGCAGUAGCAGAGAGACUGCCAGAGAGUGACAAACUGUGGCAACCUCGUCAUGAUGCUGAAGGUCUGUGUCAUCCAAACGAGAUACCCGGUGGUCGUAUGAUUUCCUGUGACAGCUCGAACAUAUGGCACAUUGGAAAUUUUGGUGCUCUUUCUAUUGCUGCUGCUCCAUUAAGUCAUAGAGUUCCUUGCUUUGGUUAUUGUAUAUCUGAGUCUGAAAUUCCAGGCAAACUAAACGUUGAGCUAUUGAGGUCGAAGGGCAUUUUACCUGGUCCUCUCUAUGGCAAGCUGAAGAAUGGUGAAGCUAUUGUAGCACCGAAUGGAGAAAUCGUAACUACUGAAGAGGCACUGGGACCACCAACACCAGGAAGGAAAAUCGUCAUUUUGGGUGACACAUCGGAAUCAAUACGGAUAACUUCCAUUGCUCAGAAUUGUGACGUUCUUGUGCAUGAGGCAACAAAUGAAGAUGAACUCCAAGAAACAACAAUCAAGAACGGCCACUCCACUCCGACCAUGGCUGGUCAAUUUGCAACCAAAGUCAAUGCUGCAACACUCAUUUUAACUCACGUCAGUCAACGAUAUAAAACGAACUCGAGCACUCUCGGGGAUGGAGAGGUGCCUGUUGCGAAGUUGGCAAAACAAGCAUCUGCUUGCUUUACUGGGAAAGUGAUAGUCGCAGAAGACUUAUUCUGCUUUAGUAUACCCCUGAAAAGACGUUAACAGUAAAUUAUUUUUACUGCAUCACAAUGUCUAAUACAGGGUUGACAAAGUGGCCCAAGUUGUGGCAACCUUUGAUAUUAAUAUUGCUUAUUAUUUCUAAAUAAUUGAUAUUAAAAAUGAUAAAUUUGUACCCUUUAAAUUCCUGUAGAAUACAGAA